AUGGGAGGCUGCGUCAGUACUGCAUUGAAAGUGGGUGCGGAAACGGUGGCUGAAGGUCACAUCGAUUUAAUAAGUUUUGCUAUUAAUUAUUUUAAGAACGCCGUUCCCUAUAUUGUGAAAUAUCUUGGGAGACAACAGCGGCCAAAAGAAGUUGAUAUGGAGGCAACACUUACGGAAGCUAAGGAAUCUAAAGGUUUUCAGCCGUGGAAGAUUUCAUGUCAGCCAAAGGGAGCUGUCCGUGGCCUCUUUAUUGGAGUAAACUAUGGCAACACAGAGGCACAGCUCUCUGGUUGUUGCAACGACAUUAUGAUGAUGAUCGGAGCACUUCAGAAGAGGAACUUUCCCCUAACUGAGGUAGUCAUCCUUGCUGAUAAAGAAGACGUUCCAGGUCGUACCGGUGAGCCGACGCGGGCCAAUAUUUUGCGGUAUUUGGCUUGGCUCGCCCAAGAUGCGCAACCUAAUGACGUUCUAUUCUUUCACUACUCGGGUCACGGUACGCGUGCUAACGCAAGAGACGACGAUUGUGAAGAGUACGACCAAUGUAUUGUUCCGAUGGAUUACGUGGAAAAUGGCUGUAUUGUCGAUAACGAAAUCCAUGAGAUAUUGGUUUCGCAAUUGCCGAAGGGGGUACGACUCACAGCUGUGUUCGACUGCUCGCACUCCGGUUCUAUGCUUGACUUGCCGUACGCGUAUGUCUGUGACAGCUCUAAGGACGGAAGUGGUUCAUGUGGCAUGAAGCGGGUUCGUGAAGAUAACGAUGUUCAGGCGGAUGUUCUAAUGAUAUCUGCCUGUGCUGAUGAUGAAGCAGCGUUGGGCGUUGACAAUACCCAAGAUUUUUAUGAAAGUGGGAAAGAUUCCGGUGGUGCUGCCACCUUCUGUCUCACUGCGAUGAUGAUGAGAGAGGAGCCGCUCACAUUUUUGGAUCUACUUGUGCAUACCCGUGAGAUGCUGAAGUCUAGGGGGUUCACACAAGUUCCACACCUGAGUGCAUCCAAACCCAUCAAUCUGAUGCAGCGUUUUUCACUGGAGGGACUCUUUCCGCAGGAACGGACGCUCCUGUAG